AUGGCAACCACUACCCAAUCAGAAGGACUUGAAGAAAAUGGUUGGUAUCUUGACAUAGGAUGCUCAACACAUAUGACAGGAAGGAAAGAUUGGUUUGCAAGCCUUGAUGAAUCAAUCAAGAGCAAGGUGAAGUUUGCUGAUGAUCGUGUUCUAAUGGCAAAAGGAGUUGGAAAGAUCGUGAUUAAGAAGAAGAAUGGCGGCGAAACUUCCAUUACAAAUGUUUUGUUUGUUCUUGGAAUGAAGAGUAAUCUACUAAGUCUUGGCCAAUUACUUGAGAGAGCAUACACUUCCAGAUUAGAAGAUAAAAUUCUCAGAGUGUAUGAUAAGCAAAAACAUUUGAUAUUGAAAUCACCUCUUACCAAGAAUUGA